AUGUUGACGUGGAGUACCUCCACAACCUCUCUUAAUCCCAAUGGAAAUCGCAAUGGAAAAUCGGAGACACGUGUCGGCGAAGAGUUCCUGAAGGCGUGGGAUGACGCGGUGUUCGAUGGGAAGGUUAUUAGUGGAGACCCAGAAUUAAACCGAGAAGCCGCCCGGUGGAGAGAGAAGUUCCCGCAUAUCCGAGUGGUUGGCAUGAGUUGUGGAGAGCAUAAAGUUAUGCACCCUCUACCCGUCUCUCAAUCCCUGUCUAUCAUGAAUCACUCGAAAAGUGCUGAUUAUGUUAGAGAGAAAAUUAGUAAUGGCUCGACAACUGCUCACCUGAAAUCGACAUUGCCGAAAAUUGUGGAUUCUAAGAGAUUGUUAAGAAAAUAA